AUGCGUCCGGCACAAUUUGCUGCCACAGCGGCAGCCUUUUUUGGUGGCCUAUCACAAGCCAUAGAUUUCAGUCCUGCCAGGCCACCAGCUUGGCCUUUGGCUGUCAGAUCACCGUAUCUCAGCACCUGGCUGGACGGGUCAUCAGGGGGUUCCCUCGCCGGACACUGGCCAACAUUUUGGGCCGGCCAAAUCACAGGAUGGCAAGGUUUUGUGGCAGUAGAUGGUGCUGUUUACAACUGGAUGGGGGCCGCUCCGGGUCCUGCUGUGGCCAAUCAGACGUCUGCAACCUAUACGUCAACCAACACCGUCUUCACUUUCGAUGUUGAGGGCAAGGUCACCUUGAAAGCCACAUUUCUGUCUCCCGUCUACCCGAAUGACCUACUCAAGCAAUCACUGCAGCACUCAUACAUUGAUGUCACAGCCGUGUCUGCCGAUGGAGCCUCGCACAGUGUCCAAGUCUACUUGGACUCUUCCGGAGAGCUCGCAAGUGGCCGGGACGCGAGCCAGAACAUCACUUGGGACCACGGAACCAACGGGGGCGUGGAAUACCACACGUUUCAACUUUCGAAUCAGCGACAGUUCGUUGAAAUCAGUGACCAACCGGCAUGGGGUCAGUGGUUCGUGUCCACCGCCGACACCGAUGGGGUCACGUGGAGAAUCGGCCAAGAUACGGCCGUGCGUGGCCAGUUCGUGAACAACCGCACACUCGACAAUACCAAGGACACCAACUUCCGGGCCAUUAAUGUUGACUGGCCUGUCUUCGCAUUCUCCAAGGACCUGGGUACUGUGUCUGGUACUGAAACCGGGGUCUUGUUCACACUCGGACUGUCUCAGGACUCAGUCGUGAAUUAUCAGGGCAAUUCGCCAAGUGCAACGGCACUUUCAGGGCUUUGGAAGUCAGCCUACAGCUCGGCCGAAGAUGCGAUGGCAGCUUUCUACAACGACUACUCGUCAGCCCGAUCCGCAAUGGGCGACCUUGAUGGCAAGAUCGAAACAGACACAUCUAACGCUGGCGGCCAGAACUACACCAUUCUUACCAGCUUGGGCGUGCGUCAGGUCUUCGCCGCCACCGUCCCUGCUCAGGGCACGCAAACGUAUCUGUUCCUGAAGGAGAUCAGCUCGAAUGGAGACACCAAUACCGUCGAUGUCAUUUUCCCGGCGGCUCCCCUGCUUCUGUAUCUGAACGAGACCCUGGUGAAGCUAUUGCUGGAUCCGCUGUAUGAGAACCAGGAAAGUGGGCAUUAUCCAAACACCUACGCCAUACACGACCUGGGAGUUUUCCCCAACGCUUUGGGCUAUCCUGAAGGAAACGACGAGCCCAUGCAGGUCGAGGAGAGCGGCAACAUGAUAAUUUUGACGCUGGCUUACGCGCAACGCUCGGGUGAUAAUGCAUAUCUCAACCAGCACUGGGACAAGCUCAACCAGUGGGCCGGCUACUUGGUCAACGACUCCCUCAUCCCAGCGGAGCAGCUUUCGACGGACGACUUUGCAGGCACGCUGGCGAACCAGACCAAUUUGGCCAUCAAGGGUAUCAUAGGGCUCAAGGCGAUGGGACAGGUCGCGAACCUCACCGGAAAUGUCGUCACCUACGAUGCCACUGCCGAGGAGUACCUACCUCAGUGGCAGAACUUUGGGAUCAACUCUGAUGCUUCUCCUCCACACUCCGUUCUGACCUACAAUGAUCCAAGCUCCCACGGUCUCCUCUACAACAUCUAUGCAGACCGCCUGCUUGGCCUCAACUUUGUCCCUCAACAAAUCUAUGAUAUGCAGUCCGCGUUCUACCCGACCGUUGCGACAGCCUUCGGUGUGCCACUCGACACCCGCCACAACUGGAUCAAGAGCGACUGGGAACUGUGGGCGGCGGCUGUGGCCAGUGACGAGACGAAGAAGAUGUUCAUCGAUAAACAGGCGUACUGGAUCAACAACACGCCGCAGACCAUCCCGUACGGUGACUUGCUAGACGGAGACACUGGUGGAUACACCCCGAAUCAGUUCAGGGCCAGACCUGUAAUGGGUGGCAUGUUCUCGCUGUUGGCCCUCCCUUAG